AUGGAUCGCAAACUUCCAAAAGUGGAUGGAAGAAAAACUUCCAAAAGAUUAUUCUACAUUGGGAGUGCUUAUCUUCGAAUGGGCAUUGAUCAUCGACCGUUAUCCAGAUCCAGACACAAACAUCUUAAUAACAAUGAUCAUUUCACGCCGCUGCCGUUUACAUCGCUUACCCCGUCUAGGUCAUUGGAGGAAGAAGAUAAAGUCAAAUUAGCAAAUAGUGGUGACACGGGCAUUAUUAAAGUUACAAAGAUUAUGACGAGUUUACAAAAUGCUGUGGUGUCACGUGAUAAUAUAGAGGUGGUAGUUGACUAUAGAGAUGAUAUGAAUAUAACUGAUAAUAAAACAAUCAAAAAAAGCAAGGAUAACGAUGAUAUAAUUAUGAAUGAUGCAGAGUUUAUUGACAAGGAUGAUACUAAUAAUACUAACAAUAUUCCUAAUGACAAAAAAGAUGAUGACAAUACGAUUGGCAUGGUUGAUGUCUCAAAUAGUCAGAUUUCAAAGGAUCAUAUUGAUGCUAGCAUGGAAAUUGAUAUUGUAACCAAUAAUAGUAAAAAAAAGGGAAAAAACGUCGUGCAAAUAAGUCAUUAUUAUAAGACACGGAAAUCGAGUAGGAAUUCGAAAAACUUUAACAAUUCAAACGUACAGCAAAAAAUUGAAGCGAAUAAAGACGAUAAGAUUGGUAAUAGUAAUUAUUACAUGAAUUCUUCAAUAUAUGAAUCAAGGAUAGGAAAAAAGGAGGUCUUCGUCGAGGAAAAGAGUGAAAUUAAUCACCAAGAUGAUGAGGAAUUAACACAAAAUGAACACCAAGGUCAAGAAGCUCAAAAAGAGCACGGAAAAAUAGAACAAAAGCAAAAGGAAGAUGGCAAAGGUGAAACUGUGACAAAUCGAGGUGGAGAAAUCGUAACGGGCGAAGUAUCACGUUAUGGAUUACGACCAAGAAAAAAAGCAGAAACGAAAAUACAAACGACUGGUUGA